CCAAGGCAUCCUGGGAUGAGUUUUAUACAGACUGUUCCUUCUCUGCUGAGGAGUGUCAGAGUGGAGCGUGGAAGCAUCCCAGCUCCAGUGCGGAUAAACCACACGACCAUCCAGAGCAGCUCCAACAUCCGACAUUCAGACAGGCAGGACACACAGAUGAUGAUGAUGCAGUCAGGCCAAGAUGACAUGACUAAGCAGAGGAUGCUGCAGGCUAAGGCUCUGUCUAAGGAGGCCAGGAGAGAGGGUCUGAACCUGGGGAAGAAGAUCAGCAUUCCAAAGGAUGUGAUGAUGGAGGAACUCAACCUUCCAUCUAAUCGAGGCUCUCGCAUGUUUCAGGAGAGGCAGAGGAGGGUCGAGAGGUUCACACUGGAGAACGCUGCCAAUGAUGCUUACAACACCAGCAAUGUCCAUCCAGAGGCCGUUCCUCCCCUGCAGAUCAUUUCAGAGCCACAGGGAGGAAAAGAGAACCAGGCUUUCUCCAUCCCUGGUAAGCAUAGCCUGGUCAUGAACCUUCAGAAGACUGUAGCAAAGAAGGGCAGUCCUGAUGUCCUCGCUCCAGGAUAUUCUGGCCCUCUGAAGGAAGUUCCUCAUGAGAAGUUCAACACAACAGUAAUCCCCAAAUCCUACUGGUCCCCGUGGAGGGAAGCUUUGGGAGGCAGCGAAGAGCUCCUGAACGCCCUCAAUACCCAGCUUCCCCAGCUCCCACAAAGACUACAGCCUGCCAACUACAGGUGCUUCAACAGAUCUGCCAUGCCAUUCGGGGGAACUACAGCCAGCAAGAGGGUGAUACCAGUGAUUAGCUUUGAGGCAGUGGAAUCCAAGCAACUGCCCAGCAUCGCUCUGGACCGCAUGUGUCAACGGCCCAACUUCAACAGAGCACCCAAGGGAUGGAGAAUUGAUUACUGCCCUGAAUCUAAUGAACUAUGAAAAAGGGCUCAUCAGCUAAAGACUGACGCACUGACCUAUGCUUGCUCCUCUUCUCCUACAAAGAUGAUCCCUCUGUUAAUCAGUGGGCACUGCAGGGGAGAGAAGAGGGAAAAAAAAAAACACUCCUGCAUGAUAUAUAAAGUCGUUUGCUACUGCUGAGUGGUUUGAACAGCUGAGGCAAACUCAGGAUGCUGGAAACAGUUCAUUACCACAGUACAGGACAAUACUGCAACAGGCUUAAUAGUUCUACCUAUCCUUCCUUUUUGUCACCCUUAGCAGUAUCCAAUCCCAUCAAUGUCUUACCCCCCCAAAUCCAUCCAGUCUCCAUCUGUUACCUUUCACACUGCGGCUUUACAUUUUUAUCCGUUUGUCCCCUAUUGUUUAAGAACGAUAGUAUGAGAUAUCUGCUCUUCUACAACAGUUAAAAAAGUGUGAGUAUUAAUGAAUAAUAUGCACUCUGAGAUGAUCAAUGACAAAAUUGUGUCUUUUUAAUGGCAAGUAAAAACAUUCAAAGAAAGGAUUACAAUAAACUAAGUCAUUAUGCUGUGGAA